AUGAUGGCACCCCCUAAAUCAUUUAAAAGUGCAGUCAGUUUAUUAUUGUUAAUGAUAAAACUAACAGCUCAAGUUUCUGCCAGCACGCAGUUCGCUUCACAUGUAAGUGUUCACACACCAGCGCGGAGCUUUACGCAUGGGGUCGGUGACCCGCUGCCAUUGCUGGGUGUACGAAAUUACAACCGGCAAAUCACCUUGCGAAUGCCAACACAAAGUCGAGGUUAUCCUCGAGUUAAACCAGCCAGGCCCUUUCGUAAUGAAGACCUAGCAAACAAUCGCCACAACGCACUUAAAGUUUCUCCCUGGAUGUAUAAUAAUUAUAUGGAUGUUGCUAUACCAAUCUUGCCCCCGUCACCUUACAAAGUAGAUUCGCCUGAUCCUGAAUCUCUGUGGCCUGAAGGUCUUCUCGUGCCUUCGUUACACACUCAACGAUUUGCAAGCAACCGCCGAAGUGAGGUACUGUCAGACUCCGAAGAUCCAUAUUUAUUAGAGGGUUCAGAAGCAAUAGCAGCAGUUGAAAAAGCAUGUGUUCAUGGCCUUUACUUCCAUGAUAUUCCGCAUAUAAAAUCGCUGUUCGCCAACCAAGCACUAAGGGUGAAGAACAAUUUAAAACCACAUCGGAUCGCCAGUAUACGUCACUCUUGGCCCUACAACCGACCUUAG